AUGGAGAAGGAAGGAGAGUUGCCCAAAACGGGGAUUGUUAAUCAGCCACUACCUUCGGAGGAAGAGAUGGAGGAAGCUUUGAGAAGGAGUGCUCCGGCCAUUUCAGAUCCUAAGGAAAUUGUUCAAAUAGAAUCCUAUGAGGGACCCAUCAGGGUUGCUUUGGAGGAAGUGGUGGCAGAGAAGCAUCCUGAAAUGGCUGAGGAGAAGAAGAAGAAGAAGAUGAAGAAGAAGAGGGCGAAAGGUGAUGAAGAAGCCCGGCCAAGGAAGGAGAAGAACGAAAGAAAAACGAGUGAGAGGAGGGAAUGCAGGCGAGAAGAGGAGCGCCUAAAGACGAAGGAAGAGAAGAGAAAGAGGGUUGAGAGCCCAAAAGUCGACGGAGAAUCCACCACCGCAAGGGUGGAUGAGGGAGUGUUAGCACAACAUAGAGAAUCAACGAAACCUGAACAGCAAUCAACGCAAAUAAUAACGGUUGCGACUGAUGAUGGAGAAGAUUCAGACAACACCCACCUUAUGCGGCGUCGCAAGGAGAAUGCGUCGCAAGGGUCAACAGUCGACCCAUAA